AUGUCAUCACCAACAAAUAGACUAAACAUAAAGAAACGGAAAAAGGUUUAUAGCAAUGAAUUUAAACUGUUGAGACAGCAACUGCAAGAGUUUCUUGCGUUGGAAUUGACAAAUACUCCAUUGGAUCAAAAACCUACACAACCUUUAGAGGACCAUAAAUUAAUAAACUACAUAAAUAAAAUGCAUCCUAGGGUGAAUGUCUCACAACAAGAUAAAGUCACUUAUAUAACGAUUUUAUUAACUUUAUCUGAGCCUCCAAAAAUUUUGGACCAAAAGCAAAAACUAAUUGACAAUUUCAAAAUUGGAGAUAUUCUAGUUACUGAUCCAGUUCCUGGUUCUAUUGAUCAAUACCUAACAAUUUAUGGGAAACCAAUAUACAUCACCAAGUGUUUAAUGUAUGUUAUUUAUUAUUUAAACGUAAUAAUGCAUAUAAAUUAUGAUUUAUUCACAUUUAAGACAGCGAAUUAUAAAUUUACAAUCUUGUUAAAUAGCCAGAAUUUGAAACAUAAACAUAAUUUGAAAUACCUUGAUAUAGCCCAGUAUAGCGAACACAUUUACUCGGGGUUUAUUCAAGGUGAUUUACAUUCUAUCUUUAAUUUUGUUUUACAAACAAUCGAGCAAGGGAAUAAUGUCGAUAAUAGGGAUAUUAACAACUCCCCUAUAUUUGGAUUGCAUAUUGAUUCUGCUUUAUGCCACCGUACCCUGAAAACCAAGGAACUGAUCAACAAAGCAAAUAACAGGCUAUUAGAGUAUUUAUAUUCGUCUACAGGUAAAUUAAUGUAA